UGGUCACUUCCUGAUAGAUCACAAGGAUCUACAAUUCCUUCUCCUAACCUCUGCUUUAUUCAUCCUCUAAAGAUGCCAUCGAGAAGGUGGUUUCAUUCAUACAUCUCGGGUUAUGACGCCGAAAAGUUGUUGUUAGAGCGAGGAUUCGAUGGAAGCUAUCUUGUCCGACCAAGCAAAAGCAAUCCAGGAGAUUUUACGCUAUCAGUGAGACGAGAUGGCGAGGUGACACACAUUAAAAUCCAAAACACUGGAGAUUUUUAUGAUUUGUAUGGAGGAGAGAAGUUUGCUACUUUGACUGAAUUGAUCCAGUAUUACACAGAAAACCCUGGACAACUGAGAGAAAAGAAUGGUCAAGCUAUUGAAAUGAAAUUUCCUUUAAACUCCACAGAUCCCACAACAGAAAGAUGGUUCCAUGGUCACAUGUCUGGUAAAGAAGCAGAAACGAUGAUGUUAGACAAAGGAAAGAAUGGAAGUUUCCUGGUAAGGGAAAGUCAAAGCAAACCAGGAGACUUUGUUCUCACAGUCAGGUUGGAAGACAAGAUCACGCAUGUUAUGAUACGUCACCACACUAAUGACGGCAAGUAUGACGUGGGUGGAGGAGAGAAAUUUGAAGACUUGACAGAUCUUGUGGAGCAUUACAAGAAAAAUCCAAUGGUGGAGAAAUCUGGCACUGUUGUGCAACUUAAAACACCAUUUAAUGCCACAAGAAUCAAUGCUGCAGCUAUCGAGGACCGAGUCAAAGUUCUUCAAAAAGAAAACAAAAGUGUUUCUGGAAAGGCUGGGUUUUAUGAAGAAUUUGAGGUUCUUCAGAAGCAAGAAAGUAAACAUCUUUACAGUAGGAAGGAAGGAGAGAGACCUGAAAACAAAGCCAAAAACAGAUACAAGAAUAUCCUACCAUUUGAUCACAGUCGAGUUACAUUACAAGAUAUGGACCCAAAUGUCAUAGGGUCAGACUAUAUCAAUGCAAACUAUGUCGGGCCCAGUGACUCAGAAGAAGCAGCAAAGCGGUAUAUUGCUGCUCAAGGCUGCUUGCCAAGCACUGUGGAAGACUUCUGGAGAAUGACUUUUCAGGAGAACAGCCGAAUCAUCGUCAUGACAACAAAAGUAGUUGAAAGAGGAAGGAAUAAGUGCACUCAGUACUGGCCUGACCCAGAAACUGCCAAAGAGUGUGGUCCAUUCCGAGUCAAACAUAUGAAGGAGACAGAGUUUACAGACUACACACUAAGGGAGUUUGAACUGACAUCAGAAAGCAAUCCAAUACCCCGCACAAUUUAUCAGUUUCAUUACACUGGAUGGCCUGAUCAUGGUGUUCCUAAGGACCCAAGUCCUGUGUUACAUAUUCUUCAUGAAGUCAAUACAAGACAACAAUCAAUUCCCAUGGCGGGUCCAAUUAUAGUGCACUGCAGUGCUGGCAUAGGAAGAACUGGUACAUUUAUUGUGAUAGACAAUCUGGUGAAAAUGAUCAAAGAGCAAGGUCUUGAUUGUGAAAUUGAUAUUUCUAAGAGCAUCCAGAAUGUCAGAGCGCAGAGGUCUGGUAUGGUUCAGACUGAGGGCCAGUAUGAAUUUAUUUACCGUGCCAUUCAGCAUUACAUCAGCACAGAGACUGCAAGAUUAAAUAAUGACAAUCCCAAUCUGGCGGUGUACGGGAAUUUGGCUAAUGUGCGCAAAGGAGGGGAAACUGUAGCUCCUCCGCCACUUCCUGCCUACAGAGUGGACAAACCUCCUCCAAAACUUCCAGAAGAAUCGACAGCUUCUCCUAAACUUCCACCUCGAGAUGGCAACGGAGCCCCACCUCCACUUGCUCCGAGGAACAUGGCAAAUAUUUGAUAAUUUGCAUUUUGAAUGUCGGCGCAUUUUAUACAAGAAGACAAUUAUUAUAGUUUAAUAAUUUAUACCUAUUUGCAUACCAGCUUGAACUUGAAGUCACUCUGUCAUAUCAGUUAUAUGGAGUUACGCAGUGCUUUUUGUUACCAUCAGAGCAGCAUUGCGUGACAACCAAGAUAAUAGUAAUGUAAGCGAGAGAAUAAGUGUUUGUACGGUCUGAAAACUCUCUAGUUUUCUAGACCUGGUAGAGUGUGAAAAAAUGAAGUUAUUAUCUGGAAAAGAAAUGCAAUUUUGUCUGAAUUGUAGCAAGUUUGUGUUGCUUUUUAUUGAAGUUUAUGUCAGCUGAAAAAUUCUUCCUCUGGACGUGUGAUUUUAGUUAUUGUAGUGAGUCGGAAAUAAUUAAGGAAACAUGGCUUGGAAAAAGGUGGGGAAAGUCGUGAAUUUUGUAUGCGAAAGUAAGUUCAAACCCAGAAUUGAUGAGAACGUGCAGCUUCUGGUAGGGUUCUCAGCCUGUUUACCCUCAGAUCAACUUCCGAACUCUCCUUGCGGUAUUUUAUGCAUUGUCUCCUUAAUCCACCAUGUUGCAUGCUGUAAUUGAGUAGAUUUGGGAUUUUUUUAUUACAGAGUUGUGACUUGUUGGUUAGAAUUUGGUUUUUGUAAUCCGCAGUAGCCACGUGUGUGUGAAGCUGUAUUAUACUAAUUUAUUGUGAUCAGUUAUCCCCAGACUCAGUCAUGCAGAGUUGUGGUAACCGGUCGUGUCGCCCGAUGGCCAGUUCGCCCGAUUUCAAUUUGCCCGAAGUGAAAGUCUGUUCGUUCUUGCUGAAAGUUCAAAGAAGAAUUGUUUUAAUCUAAACGAGCGAAAAA